AGAGGAGGAGGAGCAGCAUCAGGAGUAGGAGCAGGAGGAGGAGAAGCAGGAGGUGGAGGAGGAGGAGUAGGAGCAGCAGCAGAAGAGACUAGGCCCAGGUGGUCUGGAACCCGCAGAGGUCUAUGAGUCUCUCUCUAAGGUAGAACACACCUGUGAGUCACAUCAGAGGUAACCUGUGUUCUUAUAUAGUUAUGAUUUGGGGAUUACCAGAGGUUAUGUGUUAUGUCAUUACAUUAUUUUGUCAAACGUUGCAUGGACAAUGGCUUUCUGGUUAUUGGGCAGCACUGUACAGAGAUUGGGUUUAGAAUGUGCUAUCAUUCAGCUGUUCAAUCAGUUGAAUCUAUGGAGCUACUCAAGCAUGAAGUCCUUGCUCCUUGUGUUCAGAUGCCCAGCACAAGUGUCAAAAAAACAAACAAACGCAAUUCAGUUUUUUGGCACAAACGAUCGGCAUAUAUAUCACGUUGAGACAUUUUUUUUCGUGUUUUUAAUGACCAAAAUAAUCGUGACUAUGGUUUUUACCAUAAUCUGGCAGCCCUACUGUUGAACUGACGGUUAAACGGUUCCCAUCGCAGCCACACACGCAACGCAUCCAUCCACCCUAGACAUUUUGGAUAAAAGCAUCUUACCCAAAUGGGAAAUAGCAUUAGGGAGCAGGAUAGUGAAUGAAGCUGGGCUGAUGGUUUGAUGCCCAAUGUCCAAAGUCUCACUUGUAGACAUCCUUGAGAAGCAUGCCUAACCCCAACCUGCUCCUAAAGGUCAUGUAUAACGACAUAGUUAUGUGUGUUAACAAACAUAAACAGAAUAGUCACUGUGAGAACCUGAAGUGCUGUUUCUUGUAGGGAACAGCACAAACAGGAGGCCAUGUUCCUCCUGGCGCUGUAUUGAUCCUGGGCUCUGGACCGCUGGCCUGGGAAGGGCCAGGGAUGAAGAAAAAGGAUUUUUGAUAUGACAGCACUGCAUCCAUUCCUACCACUUCCUAUGGGGUUGCCAAAGAGACUGCAGAGGUCAAUCCAGCUGGAGCAGACAUCCCACUCGAGAGAGAGACACGCAGAGACAGACAGAGAGAGAGGGAGAAAUAGAGUGAGAUACAGAGAGAGAGAGAGAGGGAGCGCGGAAGAGAGGAGGAAGCAAGGAGAUUGCAAAAGAAAGAAGGGCAAAGCCUGUCCUGCUGUUGAUCCAGAGGCGAUCAAGGGUGUGUUGCUUGCUCUGCUUGACCCUGGUCCGGAGACAUCUUGGCCAGUGUCUGUGUGUCUGCCUGCAUGCCUGUCACAGCUCGGAUGGGAAUCGGGCCUGGAGCCAACCGAAAUACGGAUCUAUGAUUUCAGCCGGGGGUUUCAGAAGAGGACGACGACUCUGACACAAAACUAAGAAAUCUUUCCUGUGGGGGGAUCUGGAUCAGAACUGCUCACCUGAUUAUGGGAAACUGAACUGAGGCAUAAUGGAGCGUUUCCACCAUUCCCAUCAACACGGUGCGAUCCCGAGGUGCCAGCCUUUCCUUGCGUCCGUUCCCGGGUUAACCCAUGGGAGCUUUCCCAUGAAUUAACGUCUACAUCCCUCCAUGGAACACGUAGUUUUGGACAGCAUGACCUUCGACUGCUACAAACCGUUGUCUAAACCGGCCAAAUCACGACAAAAAGGGGACCCUCGGGAAGAGGUUUUGGCCAUUAAGUGGUGAGAAAAAGACCCCCUCGUGAAAUGUGAAUGUGUUCCUCCACGCAAAUUCCAAUAGGUGGUUAAAACGAGCCGGCUAGCUGAGAGUCAGGGGGUCCACCAUCGCCCCGUUAGCCCCCCUUUGGGCAGGAUUACGUACGGUUCGGAGGGAUUUGAACAUUUCAGGAGGACCUUGUGGAACACUGGCCGAGUCGGAGCCAAUGGGGGCCGGUUAGGACCCGGUCUGCCCCCGGUUUGACCUUGCAGUGACAUUUGACCUCCGGUCCUGGCGCUCCACCUGCUCUGCUGCCUGGGUUCUGGAACGCUCCGCCCUGGGGCCCAGAACGAGCCAAUCAGAAUGAAGAAGAGCCGCAGUGUGCUGUCGGUGACGAGGGAAGAGGGCAUCGACCCGGGGUUGAACGGCGGCGGGGAGAAGGCGGAGUCGUCGCGCUACAGCCGCUCCUACACGUCGGGCGCCACCCUGGGUACCGAGCUGCGAAGGGGGAGGAGCCGACGCCUCUCCUCCAGCCUUCAGGUACCGUGCUGGCUCCGCCCACGGGACCGCACCCGCUCGCCCGAGGUCCCGACCAAUGUCUCUCGCCCGACCACCCUCCCUCUCCGCAUCCCGCCACGCAUCUCCAUCACCCAGGCAGACAGCGACGGCUACGAGGUGGAGAAUGGCGUGUCCCCGGCCCACACCCCCCUGGGGCUCCAGAGCCGGGCCCUCACCCUCACCACGCCCUUCCCCUCGGGCCAGCGCCGCGAGUCCUUCCUGUACCGCUCCGACUCCGACUACGACAUGUCCCCGCAGUCGGUGUCCCGCAACUCCCUGGCCAGCGAGGGGUGAGAGACAGAGAGAGAG